UUUGUUUCACAUUGCCCCUUCCCAUCUGAAUCUUAGUAGAGAGAGAAAGAGAGAGGGGUUUUGAAUCUGUACUCAAGCUUUUUCCUUCUUGGCACCAAACUUCAAGAUCUUCAUAUCCUAAAAAAUGGCUAGAAUAGUUGGUAUUCUUGCAUGUUUCUUGAUUGUUGCGAUGGAUAUCAUAGCAGGCAUACUUGGAAUCAAAGCCGAAGCCGCUCAAAACCAGGUUAAGCAUAUGAGGCUAUGGUUAUUUGAGUGUAAAGACCCAAGCCAUGAAGCCUUCAUUCUAGGGUUGAUUGCAGCCACCCUUCUGGCUCUAGCCCAUAUUCUUGCCAACUUACUUGGUGGGUGUAGCAUUUGCACUCAAGAAGAGCUUUCUAAAGCGUCCCCUAGCAGACAAUGUUCACUAGCUUGCCUCCUACUCACAUGGGUUGCAUUUGCAAUUGGAUUGGGUUUGUUAGUGAUUGGGACCAUGUCAAACAACAAGUCAAGAGCUUCAUGCGGUUUGACACACCAUCACUAUUUUUCUCUUGGAGGAAUUUUAUGCUUUGUCCAUGCUGGUUUUUCCGUAGGAUAUUACGUUACUGCCACUGCUGCACAAUAAAUAAUAAGCAAUGGAUGGAAGUCAUCAUGUUUGAUUUUGAUUUUAAUUUUUUCAAAACUUAGUAUCACUUUUUUAUUUAUUUUUCUUUAACUUUGGACAAAUUUGAACAAGGAUGACUUUAGUUGCAACUUGUAACUUGUAGGAAAAUGACCAAAGUACCCUCUGUUGUAAUGACUUUUUGUAAAACCUUCUGUCUUGACUUUGUGUGUGAAGGAGCUCCUAUCCCUAUGUAAUCAUUUCUUUCAGACCACUGUGCACCUUCAAUGUCAGUGGAA